AUGCCACGAGCUGCAUGUGGAACAUCAACGCCGAAGCGACUAAGUCCGGUGCUUGCCGUGUCGAGGUCAGCAACCAGCUUGCUGUCUGUGGCGACAAGGGGUGGCAGAUGCAGCAAGCGUCACCCCACCACGAUUCUCAAUGAUGCAUCUAAGUUCGUUGCUCUCCAGCUGGCUGCUCGCGAGAUUGUCUUGGAGCGCCUGAAUCCUGGCUUUGGCCACUUUGGCUUGCUGCACAACACAACCGCAAAAGCGCAGGCCACUCAGCGAACAAAAGCAAAAAGCUUCCCAACAUCGCACAAGGAGCUCUGCUCUUCCUGCGGCGCUUCAAGAGCUAAAGCCAAUCGAGGCGAAUCAAGCUGCAAAUGCGCAGGGAAGAUGGCAAAGAAGAGGAAAGUCUAA